AUGGAGUGGCAGCGGGAUCUCGCCGGCCUCGGGCUCGCCGGCAUCGGCCGCGAGACCAGUCGCGUGGUCCGCGUCAUCCUCCUCAACUUCGCCAACGUGGGUCCCGCGUUGCUCUCCGCGCUCUUGUUCGCCCACGCCGCCGUUUCCUCUCGCAUCGCCUCCGACCACGACUACGCCACCAGCCUCGUGGCGUACUCGGCCGUCCUCGGCCUCCUCAAAAUCGCAGUCCUCGGGCUCUUCCUCCUCUGCACCGCCGCCUACGCGCUCGCCGUCGCGUCCCUCUACCGCACAGGCGGCGACCUCCUCGCCGCGGAUCGCAUCCUCAAGGAGGACUUCCCCGUCGCCCCUCUCGCCCGGCUCCUCGUCACGUUCCUCCUCGUGGCGGCGGCCCCCUUUUUCGCAGUCUCUACCGCGCUCUCCGUCGAGGACAGGAUCGUGCUGCCGCUGCGACUGCUGGGAUGGGCCAGCGCGGCGUACGUCGCCACGGUGUGCCAGAUGGCCUGCGUGGUCUCGGUGCUCGAGGACACCAAGCUCUUCGGCGCCGUGCGCAGGAGCCGGGAGCUCCUCGCCGGCAAGUUCUGGGCCGUCGUGUGCGUCCUCGUCACGCUCGACGGCUGCAUCAUCGCCGUGCUUAAGGCUUUCACGGCGCUUGUGGUGGACAACGUGCUGGGCCUCCGCCUCGCGUUCCAGGUGGCGGCGGUUGUGACGGCGUUCGUGGCUCUGUGGGGGGUGCUCGUCGUCACGCUUGUGGCGCAGCCGGUGAUCUACAUGGUGUGCAUGAGCCACCACCUGGAGGUCGUCGACAAGGCCCACCACGACUAG